AUGAAACCCUCAGCUCUCUUACUGAGACGGUCAACUUGGAAAGGUCCAUACUUCACCGCCUUCCCUUCACUAACCAACGCUCUCAAAACUUCCACACCCAUCUAUACAAAAUCACGAGCAUGUACGAUCUUACCGAAUUUCGUAGGAAUCAAAUUUAUGGUUCAUAAUGGUCAACAUUAUCUUCCUGUUCAAGUGACAGAGGAGAUGGUCGGACAUAAGUUAGGAGAGUUUAGUGUGACCAGAAAGAAGUUUUCAUAUAGACAAACGAAGAAUCGUUAA